AUGAAUUACUCUAGAGUAAAUUGCCUUUAGAAUAGAAUAGAAUUUAUUUAUAUCUGUGAAACUUCUACUUAGAUUUUUUUUAAGAUUUUAUUUUUAAGUAAUCUCUUCACCCAAAGUGGGGCCCAAAGUGGGACCCAAACUCAGAACCCCGAGAUCAAGAGCCAUAUACUCCACUGACUGAGCUAGCUAGGCGCCCCCUACUUAGAUUUAUAACAAAAAAAAUUUUAUGUUGUUUGCUGCUAACUUGUUAUAAUGCUAAUGACUCAGAGCUAUUUACAGAUUUUUUUUUAUAUUCCUGAUUUCCUUUUCUUAAUUUUCAGAACAUGAACCUUCGAAUGUUCCUCAAAUGUUGGCUUCUGAUGUAUGUCUAAAUCUCAAACUUCCCACUGAAAUAUCAGAGAAACCUUUGUCACCUUCACCGUCUGAUCUGGUUGGACACACUUACAUAAAUGUGAUUGACAUUAAAGCUGAUGAUCUACCGGAAUUGCCUGUCAAAGAAGAGCCUUCAAAUGAUACUAUUAUCAAACAGCCAAGUGAUCAUCUGGAGGCCCCAUCUUCUGCAGAGUUACAUUAUAUGGCAGCUUCAGUUACAAAUGCUGUUCCCCUGCACAGUUUUAAGAGUGAAGAGUCUGCCAAUUCCACUAUGGAUUUAUUUUUUAAACCUGCGGAAGUGUCUCCAUCCUGUCUGGCUGGAAGAAGCUGGAGAGCAGGCAGUACAGAGGUGAAGGAGCCUGGAAUCACCCCACCUAUACCAUCAGAAAUACAGCAGGACAAAGGUGAAUGCCCUAAAUGUAUAACAUGA